GGGACCUCAGUGGCCGCGAAUUCCACAGUAAGGCAAGGAAGCGCGUGAGUAAAGCAAGUGUCCCGCCCCUUACUCCAUCCAUCCCCUAUUACUGUUACUCUUUGCCUGCUGGAUAUUACCGCCCCAAAGACAGUUAAAGCCACCACACCGCCCAGACACCGGUGCGAGGCGUGAAUCUUGAGGCUUCCUGCAUCGCCUCCCGUCUGUCGUGAGCCGCGGCAUCUCUCCUGGACCACCACCACCACCACCACCACGCGCCACAGCGGACCAUUCAGCUCACCACGCCACACCUCAACCUCUAAAAGAUGUGAAAGAUGUGUGUAUUCGAUGGUGAGUGAACGCGCACACCGCCACCAGCGCCAAGCACCCCAGGCCGCAGUGACCGCCGCCUCGCCUUGCAGACGCCUGUGUGUAGGAUGUGAUCCCGGCGCAUGGUGUUCGCUAAGGUAAUGGUGGCAAUGGGGCGUGACCUCGGUAAGGGCUGAGGUCCCCGCGGCCCGCUGCACCUCACGCCCCUGCCUGGCCACGUGACGAUGCCCAGGGGCGGUUCGCACGUCUCGGUGGUGGCGGCAACGGGCAUGAACGCGAGACUCCCGGGGAAGGUGAGGACCUGUCCUUCGCUGUUGGUCACCUCCGCCAGAUGGAGGACUCUCUGAACGCCCCUGCACGUUCCCCUGAGCGAGAUGCGGGGCGCGGGCAGCGGGCGGAAGCAGGAGCAUUCCCCUGAAGACGAAGGCUUCCAGAACUCCUCCCGGCGCCCCUCAGACGCUGAGGACGAGGAGAGCGUGAGCACCAUGAUGAGCGAGACGCCGCCCCAGCUGAGCCACCGCGAGCCCGGGGACAUGCUGGAGGUGUACGCCGACGGGGAUUUUGAGGAUGGGGAGGAGGAAGAGGAGGAGGAAGAGGAGGACGCCCUGGAGCUGGUGGUGGAGACGCUGACCGGGGACUCCUACCGCGUGAGGGUCUCCCAGUGGGACACCGCGGCGAGCCUGAAGGACCUGCUGUACCGCACGCAAGGCAUCCACCCCAGCCACCAGCACCUCAUCCUGCGGGACCGCGAGCUGGUGGAUGACGCGUGCCUCAUCGACCAGCAGGUGGUGGACGGCUCCACGCUGCGGCUGGUGCUGGCCAUCCGCGGGGGGCCCAUCAACGCACGCCGCCUGCCCACCCACGAGGACCUGCUGCUGCGUGACAUCACCGACCACUUCGAGAACGCCAGUCCUCGGGGGGGCGGCGGGCAGACCUUCACCUUCCUUGUGUUCCACGACGACGAGAACAUGAACGUGAAUGUGUACCGCGUCAUGGAGAACCCCGACGGCUCCUACUCGCCCCUCAACGAGUCCUUCUCUGGCGCCAACGGGCGUGGCGGGGCGGAGGAGGCUUCGGUGCUCAAGACGCAGCUGACGGAGGAGGAGAAGCGCACCAUGGCCCGGAUGGCUGACCUGCGCACCGAGAUGGACAAGCUCAGGCUGCGCAACAAGAAGAAGAAGGACAAGAGGAAGGCAAUGGUGAGCAGCACCCACACGUCCCUCAACAGCAGCCUCAGGUCGGUGACUGGUCGCCUGGAGGAGGCCCUCACGCCGCGCCUCGACCUGACGGACAUCGCCGGAGGGGGCGCCGCCCACACCACGCCACGGAAACGAAGUGCCGUGAAGCGGCUAGCAGGCGUGCGGCGUGGGUCGCGGCCCACCACGCAGGAGAGAUUGGAGAUCAUGAAGUCCAGCCACGGGCGGCCAACCUUGCGAGAGCUGCCCACCGCCAACCCGCCCGUGCCCGUAGACUUUUCUCGCCGGAAGCCCCUGGAGGCCAUCCGCCCCCAGCUGAUCGGCGGCCGCCUGGAGGCCGUUGAAGAAAUGCUGGGGAGGGGAGAGAGCUCCCCAGAGCAGGGGGGCGCCAUUCCCGAGCUGCGACGGGCAGGCAGCAGGAGGCGUGGCCCAACAGGGACGCCCCCAACCCCCCGCUGUACAUGCUGCCCGAGGUGGUGUCCUCAGGCAAACACAAGCGCUGGGACCAGGACCGCCUCAACCACUCCCAUAACCAGGAGCUGCUGCGUCCCGUGCGCCACACGGCGGGCCGCCGCCCCAAGACCUCGCCCGAGGUGCUGGAGCGGCGGCCUGGCACCCUGCCUGACGCGGUGGGGGAGCGCGUCUUACUGCGCGGCACAGAUGACCGUUUACGGGAGCUGUGCUCCAUCCUGGAGCCAUCCCGCGGCGACUCACGGCACUCCCAGCGGCAGGACAGUCCCCCAGCGAGCACCGCCCUGCCGCCCCUCAGCAUGUCCCACAGCUUCACCGGGAUCGGCCCUCCGCCUCGCACCCACAGGAGCAAUUCUGUGUCCGUGUCCCUGGCGUCACUCCGCACCCGCGGGGCCACGCCGCCCUCCCCCGGACAGGGCGCUCUUGUCACCUCGGGUUCGCGGGAACAGCGGGACGCUCUGAGGGGUCUCAUGCAGAGCCAGGGCGGGGGCGGCGCGUCGCGGCCUAACAGCGGCAGGAUGCCGCCGCCCCCCGCCGUGCUGCCGCCUGUCACGCCCAAGCGCCGCAAGAAUCGCCGCAAGCCGCGCUGCGAGAAGUGUUCGCGGCGCCUCGGA